AUGACCCAACUUGAAUCAAACGGGAAUUCAAAUUCAAAAGAAAUAACUUCAUUAAUCAAUCCUGAAAUAGGACCCUUACCAACGCAACAACCAACCCUCCCCACCAAUGUCCUUGAUUUAUUCUCUCUCAAACUGAAAGUCGCCGCUAUUAGUGGAUCUUCAGUUGGGAUCGGAUAUGCAGUUGCUGAAGCCUACGCCCAAGCAGGUGCUGAUGUUGCCAUUUGGUAUAAUACUCAUCCUGCUGAUGAAAAAGCUGCAAAAUUAGCAGCAAAAUACGGAAUCCGUUGUCAGGCCUACAAAUGUAACAUCACCGAUCCUGAAGAAGUUGCAAGAGUGAUUAAUCAGAUUGAGCAAGAUUUCGGCACCAUUGAUAUCUUUGUUGCUAAUGCCGGUGUUGCUUGGACUUCUGGUCCAAUGGUGGAUGUUCAUGAUGGGUUUAAGAGUUGGAAAAGGAUUGUUGAUUGUGAUUUAAAUAGUGUUUAUUAUUGUGCUCACGCUGUUGGGCAAUUAUUUAAACGGAAAGGAAAGGGGAGUUUUAUUGUUACUUCAUCGAUAUCUGGUCAUAUUGUGAAUGUACCACAAUUCCAAGCCGCUUAUAAUGCAGUAAAAGCUGGUGUUAGACAUAUGGCUAAAUCAUUAGCCAUUGAAUGGGCUCCAUUUGCAAGAGUUAAUAGUGUUAGUCCUGGAUAUAUUAUUACUGAUAUUUCCGAAUUUUGUGAUCCAGAAGUUAAGAGUAGAUGGUGGCAAUUGAUUCCAAUGGGUAGAGAAGCUCUGACUCAAGAAUUGGUUGGUGCUUAUUUAUAUUUGGCUUCAAAUGCUUCUACAUAUACUACAGGUACCGAUAUUGUUGUUGAUGGUGGAUACACUUGCUCAUGA